GGAGCGCCGGGAGGACGUGGGUCCGGGGAGGAGGCGGAGGCGCCGUCGGAAGAAAUUGGCAAGUGGGAGGACCUGCGCCCGUGCGUGCGCCCCGAGGAGCCGCGGGUCGCCUCCGGCCCUCCACGGCCAGGCCAAGCCGCCGGGAAGAUGGGGAGCAAAGCCCUGCCGGCGCCGAUCCCUCUGCACCCGUCUCUGCAGCUGACCAACUACUCCUUCCUGCAGGCCGUCAACACUUUCCCGGCCGCCGUGGACCACCUGCAAGGCCUGUACGGCCUGAGCGCCGUGCACACGAUGCACAUGAACCACUGGACGCUGGGCUGCUACGCCGCGGCUGCCGCCACGGCCGGAGGCGGCGGCCCGGCCGAGAUCAGCCGCUGCUCGGCGCUGAGCGAGAUGGCGGCGGCGCAGGGCCUGGUGGAGCGCUUCCCCUUUCCGGCGCUGCCCUUCGCCACGCACCUCUUCCACCCCAAGCAGGCGGCCGCCAUCGCGCACGUCUUGCCGGCGCUGCGCAAGGAGCGGCCGCGCUUUGACUUCGCCAAUCUGGCUGCGGCGGCCACGCAGGAGGACCCGCCCAAGGCGCACCAGGCCGCGGCGGCGCACGGCGAGCUGGCCAAGCUGAGCGGCCCCCUGUCGGCGGCGCUGGGCAAGCUCUCCCCGGACCGGAAGCCGGCGCGCGGCAGGCUGCCUUCCAAGACCAAGAAGGAGUUCAUCUGCAAGUUCUGCGGGCGCCACUUCACCAAGUCCUACAACCUGCUCAUCCACGAGAGGACCCACACGGACGAGCGGCCCUACACGUGCGACAUCUGCCACAAGGCCUUCCGGAGGCAGGACCACCUCCGCGACCACAGAUACAUCCAUUCCAAAGAAAAACCGUUCAAAUGUCAGGAAUGUGGGAAAGGAUUUUGCCAGUCCAGGACUCUAGCAGUUCAUAAAACUUUACACAUGCAGGAAUCUCCACACAAAUGCCCCACAUGUGGAAGAACCUUUAAUCAAAGAAGUAACCUGAAAACUCACCUUCUCACCCAUACAGACAUCAAGCCCUACAACUGUGAGCAGUGCGGCAAAGUGUUCAGGCGAAACUGUGAUCUGCGGAGGCACAGUCUAACUCACACCCCGCGGCAGGACUUCUAGAACCCUCCACAGGGAGCUAACUCUGGCUCAAAGGACUUGAACUGUAGAGAAAUCUUUAAGCCCAUGCACAUGUGGACAGAUGUAUGCAGGGCCCCAUCUUCUCUCCCUUGGCUCCUGCCAAAAGCAGCUGGGGUGGGCAGCACAGGGGAAGUGACAGCAGCCCCUAGCUGCCUUCAUCACACCCCUCCCCUCGCCCAAGAGCACCGGCUAAUCUCUUGUAGAUAAUAACAUCGCAGCUCAUUUUAGAGCUCUGUACAGAAACUGUGGCGUUAUGUGUACUUCCUUCUUUUUUUGUCUUACCAAAUGCACAUUGGUAACAAAGACGAGAGUGAAAAAAUAUUUUUAAAAAGUGUAUUGCAAAGUAAACCAGUUUCCCCCCCAACUCUCUCACGUUUGAUAAUUAAUGAUUCCACGGACAGUGUGGUUAUUCAGUCCUCCUUUUGGUGUCAGUUAAAAAGCAGGAGAGUAACUGACAGGUAAAUGGUGUUUCUACUUAAGCUGGGUGGUUUGGUUUCUUUUUUCUUUUAUGUAAAAAAAGGUUUUGAUUUCUAAAUAUCGUCUGUAUGUUUGUAAAAGGGAUCUACAUUUUCAAGUGUUUUAAUGGUGCAAUACUUUGCAUGUUUAUUCAGAAGUGAACUAUUAUUAAGUUCAGUUGGACCUCAAGAUCAGUUUAAUAGUACAUCCCAAGACAUGUCUCUCUUGAGUAAGCUCACUUGUGUUGUAUAGGAUUUACUUUUAGGUAAUGGAUUUCAAGGUACAUAUUGGGCACUGAGCCUCAUUGAGCAAAUAUGCAGGGGGAAAUGCUGCAGAACUGCCAUUUCUUUACUUGAGAAGACAUAUUACAAGCAUGCAUACGCACAGAACAUUUAAACUACACCCCAAAGAAUUUUGGGGACUGUAGUUUUUAAGGGUGCUGGGCUUUGUAGUUCUGUGAGGGGCUAAACUACAGUUCCCAUGAUUCUCUUUUUGGGUUUUUUUUAAUGUAUGGUAUGUAUAGGGCCAGGCUGCAUUAAAUCUGUAAUGCAAAAAAACAAGCAAGCCGGGUUGCUUUCCUUAAAACGUCAGCACGUUUACCUAUAUAUUUCCUCUCCUACGAUUCCCCAUGCAAAGCUUUGAAAGAAAGAGAAACAGCAGGACGGGUGGUAGGCUGGGAAAUGCUUCAGAACCCUAAACCCUGAAGUUAUUUAUUAGUAACUUAUUGGCAAUCGAGCCUCAGAAGCAAUAAUCAGCUCUUCUCUACAGAUUGCCUGAGAUAGCGCCCCUGCUUAGACUUUGAACGCGGGUGGCGAUUUGCCCCGUUUGAGACAGGGACUUUACACCGCCCAAGACGAGGCUGCUGGCCUGGCAGCUCCCUCGAAAACAAAUACAGCGCGGCGCAAAGGCGCCUGCCCGGAGGGGUGGGGAGAAAGGACCCUGCCUGCCCCCUCCUACCCUCCCGGCGGCAGCCGAGCGGGGCUCCGCGGUGCCGCAUCCGACGAGGCUGCCCAGGGGGAGCCGCGGAGGGCGCGGGACCCACCCGAUCGCCAAGGCGCAGCAAAGGAAAGGGAGCUCAUUUCCAAAAGCGAGGAUCGGGGCGGAGGGGAUCGGCGUUCACGAAGCGGAGGAAGGGAUGCAAAGCGAGCACAGCAGCAGCUGCCGAGGGAAGCCAAGCCGACAGCUCCGGGCAAACGCCUCUAGGCGGAAGGCUGCCAAGACGCGCUCUGGCCGGCUUCCCGCGCUGGGAAACACGCGGCGGGGGUGCAGAGAGAGCUCGAGGGAGCCUCGGCUCUGCCCGAAAGGCGGAGAGGUGGAGGGUCCGGUUGCUAAUGGGUAGAUCUGGGUUGUUAUCAAAGGUGAGUUUUUUGAGGAGGGUCCUCCUAUAUUCCUAAGAAUAGAUUCGGUUGCACUGCAUAGGAUUUUUCCCCCUAAAACGUGCUGCGGUUACUUGUUUCAGCAACUAUAGUAUAGCAAAGUUAUCAAUACAGGCCUAGACAUGGGCGCAGCCAGGAUUUUCGUAAGGGGGAGCAGACCUUUUGUUAGAGGGGGAGAGCCUCAGUUAUAUAUCUAUCUAUCUAUAUUGGGGGGGGCAGCUGCUCCUCCCUGCCCCCUGGCUACACUCAUGGGCCUAGAAGCCCCCUGUGGAAGGGAGGGGUAACCAAAACAGUUGUGUUGGAUCUGGGUGCCAAAUUUAAGGGCCUCACAACAUGGAUGUCCCCAAAUGACCGUCCAGAGAGUGACCAAUGUUGGGGGCAGAAGUAUCCAGACCCCACAUAAGUACCUAGACUGGCACCUGGGCACCUGGGACCCAGCAGGGCCUACGCUGAUUGCCGCAGCAUCUUUUUUCUAAAAAAAUUAUAAUCCCACAUUUUAUAGUUGCGUGGGGGCUGGGGUUGAUGGCCUUGUCUCACUCUGACCAGGCACAUACAGAUGCUCAUUUUAUAAUUUUUAUUUUGAACGCGUAGUAUCUUUUUCCACAAAGUGGUUUUUAUUCCCAAGUGAAUGUGCUUUUUAACCUUAAGAGAUGCAGAAGCAAACCCUAUUUUGUUCAGGGUGGUGCUAUGAUUUAAGCGAGUUUAAAAUGAGAAACUCCAUGUGUUCAGAGUAUUCCCCCCCCCCCAUCAGGGUUGGCAAACUUUUUUAUUUGCUCUAAUGUAUCAGGAAUGCAGAAGCAGCUGUAAAACAUGAAGUGAUGGAGGAAGUAGAGUAAUGUUAAUUUUGUGCUUCACAACCAAAAUAAUACACGUGGCUAUGUAAAGGAGGGAAAGGUUGUAAGACCACCGAGUGUAGGGACUAAAAUUUCUGAGCUGUAUGGGAGGGUGGGGGAAGGCCAAAGGGAUUUGGGCCUUUGACAUGUCAGAUGAGUCUACAUAUGCAUAAGUAUAACCAUAUAGGUCUAUUCUACACAUUUUGAAGUGCUAGCAAGAAGGGAUUGCUACCUAUAUACAGUGGACGCUCGGGUUGUGAACGUGAACCAUGCGGGAGGCACGUUCGCAACCCACAGCAUUCGCGACCCACAGCGCCGCAUCUGCGCACGCGUGGGUCGUGAUUCGGCGCUUCUGCAAAUAGCGCGAAUUAGUGCUUCUACGCGAGUGCCAAAACCUGGAAGUAACCCGUUCUGGGACUUCUGGGUUCAGCACGGUGCGCAACCCGAAAACGUGCAACCUGAAGUGGCUGUAACCCGAGGUAUGACUGUAUAUGAAGCUGCCUCAUACCGAGUCAGACCAUUGGUCCAUCAAGUGGAUUGUCUACACUGAAAAUUGAAACAGGAGUCUUUUUCAAUCCCACCUGGACAUGCUGGCUAAGAAACCAGGGACCUCCUGCACACAAAUUAUGCGUUCUCCCACUGAGCUAAUGCUUAUCCGCAUUUUUUCCUUUAAAAAAAAUCUCUCUGAAACUCAAAAUCUCACACAACAAAGAAGCGGGCUAGAAUACAUGUCGUCCUAGUCUGAUAUGUUUUUGCUUUCAGAUAUUUUUGUGUGGUGGUGGUGGUCAUGUAAAGUAUGGGAGCAUAUAAAAAUGACACACACACACACACACACACACACACAACUACUGUACAGCCUCAAAGUGGUAACAGUGUUCUGCCGCCUCGUUCUGCUGCAGGUGUAGACCAGGACCCAGUGUGAAGAACCAUUGAGUUGUCACAAAAUAUAGGUGCUUCUGUGAAAGGAUGCCAUGAGAUCUGAAAGACAUCUGUAUGUGACAUUGAUGCAAAUCGGUGAGGACAAGAUGUGGUUACUCAGUAAUAAGGGGGGAGGCUAUUCACGUGCUCCGAAUACUGUAUUAUGACUUCACAUGCUCCAAAGCUGAGCCAUAGUGUGGAAAAAGAAAGGCUGGCUUGGAGCCCUGUCUAAGAUUAAGUAUAAUAGUAACAGGGGCAGUAAAAUGUUACAAGCCAAUGUUCCCAAAGUGGGAUUUCAGCUUUGGCGUGACAAACUCAGAAGCUCAUAUACUAGCUACUUAACUGACACUGCUUUCUCCCUGUAUGCAUUAUUUUACAGAGUGACCCUGCAAACGCUACAACUGUUGUCUGUGAAGGUGUUUUCCAUAUCUCCAUAUUAUAGUUUUAACCCAAACGUGUGAAGCAUUUUACAUUUAUACUUUAAAAACCUAAGCAGAAACCCCAAGGCAAUCCUUUCCCUCCACACCCAACAUUUCAAACCACACUUGCUUAUUUCUUAAGUGCUAUAUAUUUAUAAGACAUUAAAGGUAAGCACAACAAGAACACUUAAAAUGCAGUAUGUUGGGACUGUUUAAUCCUGGAUAUAGUCAGCCUUUGAACGUUGGCCAUUGAAAUCUCUUCUUUGCCCAUCAAAACAUCAAAUAAUAUUGUUGCAUCCAAACGAAGCUGCUCUGUAGUUCCACUGAAAUCAACAGGAGUAAAGACUGUGACAGCUAAAUUGUCAGAAAGCGUGAUGAACAAUCUGGAUCCAACAGAUUUCUCCUCCUUCACUAAUCUAGUUCUCUCCCUCUCUGUAGAUACUGAUUCCUAUGUUCAGCCUGCAUUUGAGGAGUUAAUAAAUAUAAUGGUAUAAAAGAGAAGGAACAUUUGCGCUCAAUAUCUUCUUUAGCGUGGGUAUUAUGUAAUAGCCUUGAGGACAGACUUGUAUACUUGGCAAAGCACCUUGACAUGAGCGGAAUGGAGCUGUCUUCUCUGUGUAGUUUGCUGUUUCAUUUACAACUGUAUGUUUACAAGGCUUAUGUUUGUAAUGCUGACCUAAACAUUUAAAACUCACAUAAGACCAUUCAAAUGCCCUUUGCUAAAAAUAUUCACACAGCUGGGAGCAGCAGUUCUAUGAAGUGCGAAGAAUGGGCCACUCAUCCCCUGUAAAAUAAAAUUUCUGCAUAAUCCUAAAUUAUGGACCUUUAGGAUACAUGUUACCAGUUUCACUCACAAAUACAUGCUAUAUGGGGAGACAGAUAGCAGAGCAUUUCCUUCAGCAUCCCUGGUAAAAAUGGAGGGCAGGACCCAAAUCUGAUGAUUGAAAAUUAUUACUAUUAUUUGCCCACACUUUACUCUAAGGUCCCCAGAUAGGUUACAACAUCUUGGGGGGGGUGGUAUUUUCAGCCCCCAGAAAUGAGUGAGAAAUGUUGGGUGGGCCUGGAAUGUUUUGAAUUUAGAAGAGGGAAGGAGAUUAUUACUAUGGGAACAAACAGCAGUGGUUUCCUCUCACCGCCUAAAAAGAUGUCUAAAAUAUAUAUUUGUUGCUCCCUGCGAUAGUGGCAGCUGAAGAGUUCUUCUCAGCAGUCACCAAGAAAAGCUAUGCAAAAAAAAAGCAUUUUAACAUUUUUUUCAAGGAAGGAAAACACUGUCACCUGCUGCUAAAAUUUCCCACAAAACCAGGGGUAUAGUCCCACUCCUUGACAAUCUACAAAUUCCACCCCUCAAGUCUGCCACUUUUUAAUAUAGUGGUGUGAUGGAGUAAUUCAUUUCAGCCCUAGUACAGUCAGGGGGAUUCCAGAGGAGUAUUGGUACAGAUUAUGAAACAUUUCAAGGUGCUCCCUCUUUCUAUUCUAAUGUUCCAUGAAAGUAACACAUAGGGGAGCA